CAAAGGUUGAUAAUGAAAACGACAAUUAAAAACAAAACGAAAACAUCUUCGAUUAAUCGAUAUAUAAAAGCUGAUAACCUGACGAUCGAGGUAUUGCAUUCUUAAUUGAUUGAGGGAGUGAGUGGAACGUUUAUUUCUGCAGAAAUAGAACAAUAACUUGUUUUAACUUCAAUUUAUAGGAAUUCGUAAGAAUCGUUUGCAGAGCAACCAUGUUGUGUUUAUAUUUUUUUCAAUUUGGCAAAAUGGCAACAAUGCCAGAAGAAAGAAAUAGUAUAAAUUAUAAAUACGACCGGCGGCGUUCAUCUAUAUUAGGUUAGUAUUUUUGUUAAUGAUGGUUUAGUUCUUGACUGAUGAUUUUAAAAUUUUUAAUUUGUGGUUUUAAGUGCCGCUGUGUGUGGUGAUAAAACUAUUUUAAUUUUAUAAAGCAUGAAUGGGGUGUCGGUGACUUUGAAGGAAAUGUCCAUGCAGAUGGAAAAUGAAGACGAGCGACAUCGAUUGUACGCUCUUCUCACCUGCAUCGUAACAGUCAUUUUCGAUGUCUUCCUCGGGACUGCAGCAUUUGUAUGCGCUGCCAUUACAGACAGCUCAGCAGGAUAUGCAUUUGCAUUGGACUGUAUACUAGAUAUCAUUGCUGCUUCAUUUGUCAUCUGGCGAUUUUACGGGUCAGCCUCAACGUAUUCAGAUGCAAAAGAAAAAAUAGCCUGUGUUUGUUUAGGAGUUUUAUUUUGUUUAGCAUCAGUGGGCAUUGUUACAAAGUCUGUAUAUGAUUUAGCUUCUCAUCAUGUACCUGCACAGUUGUUCUAUGUGUUUGUAUUGGCAGCUGUUGGAGGGAUUAUGAAUUCAGUUUUAGGAUGCGUGAAAUACAUGCUGGGCAAGAAAAUGAAGAGCCAGUCUCUUGUUUUAGAAGCAAUUAACACAUCACUGAGCGCCGUGUUGGCAAUGAUGUUGGCAGUGAGUGAUAUUUUGUACUUCUAUCAUCCGUCUGCCUGGACCUUGGAUCCAAUAACUAGUCUAGUGGUAGCAGCUAUUCUCUUUGGUGGAGGCAUCAAAGUGCUAUGUCAACGAAAAAAGUCACCAGAGGCUACGCCCCUCUUGGUGGGGGUUGCAGUGUGAGCGGCACGCCCCCCAUCUUUUUUUGAAUGCUCACAAUAACUCAGAGUUUGUCCGUUGCAGUUUUCUGCAUCAGGCAUUUCUGCAAUGCGUUGCAAAAUUUCUCAUUCAAUGCGGAACGUAAGCUGCGCAUUUGUUGGUCAACUUUGCUGCAGGCCGGUCGAAGACGGACCAAUUAGAAGACAUCUGGCCCCGGAUUAGCAGGACAACGACUUGUGGUUCGAAGUCCGGUUUUACCAGUUCCCUGUUCCUGUAGUUUUUUAGCAUGUUUAUUAUUCUCAAAUUUUUAGCAGUUAAACCUCGUUUAGAUUGAGAUUUUAGCUUGAUAUACGUGCUAUGUAAAUUUUAAUUCUCUGUUCACUUCUGUACAUAAAUUUUUAUUGUUGAUAAAUAAAUAUAUUUUGGUGCCA